CUGUGGAUCGCUCCCAACGUUGAGCACUACGAAUACCAGCCAGAAUUCGACGGGCAUCGCAACCCCUGGCCGCGCACUCCCUAUCCCGAUGUCCAGCAGUACGCCUACCGUGACUACGGCAAUCGGGUGGGCUUCUGGCGCAUGGCCGACGUGCUCGACCGGCACAACAUCCGCUGCUGCGUGUCCCUGACAUGGCUUCCUGGAGCAUUUCCCGAAAUCGGGGAGGCCAUGGUGCAGCGCAACUGGGACUUCAUGCGCCACGGCAUCUACAACACCCGCUACCUGAACCACUACACCGAGGAGCAGGAGCGCGAGUUCUACCGCGACACCAUCGACACCUGA